UACGUAUUUUAGUAUUUACUUACGUCCCACUACUUCCUUUUAUGACUGCUGGGGGAAAACAUUGUCACGUUAUUUCACAAAUCUCCUAAAAUAUGCCUCAGAACGAACACAUCGAGCUUCACAGGAAGCGUCAUGGAUACAGACUGGAUUAUCAUGAGAAAAAGAGAAAGAAAGAAGGAAGAAAAGCUCAUGAAAUGGCAGACAAAGCUAAAAAGCUAAGGGGAAUAAGGGCCAAAUUAUACAACAAGAAAAGACACGCAGAGAAAAUUCAGAUGAAAAAGACAAUAAAGAUGCAUGAAGAAAGGAAAACCAAACAGAAGAACAAUGAUGAAGUGCCAGAGGGAGCUGUCCCAGCAUACUUAUUAGACAGAGAGGGCCAAAGUAGAGCCAAAGUCCUGUCAAAUAUGAUCAAACAGAAACGCAAAGAAAAAGCUGGUAAAUGGGACGUUCCUUUGCCCAAAGUGAGAGGGAUGAGUGAAGCUGAGGUCUUCAAAGUUAUCAAGAGUGGCAAAACCAGACGAAAAGGUUGGAAAAGAAUGGUUACAAAGGUCUGCUAUGUGGGAGAGGGAUUUACAAGAAAACCCCCUAAAUUUGAGAGAUUUAUUCGACCAAUGGGUCUGCGAUUCAAGAAAGCACAUGUAACACAUCCAGAACUCAAAGCCACAUUUUGUCUCCCCAUCAUUGGUGUGAAGAAAAACCCCACAUCAACUAUGUACACAAGCUUAGGAGUCAUUACAAAAGGAACCAUCUUAGAAGUUAAUAUUAGUGAAUUGGGUCUUGUUACACAGGCUGGUAAAGUAAUAUGGGGUAAAUAUGCUCAGGUGACCAACAAUCCAGAAAAUGAUGGAUGCAUUAAUGCUGUUCUACUGGUGUAACUGAACCAUGUGCAACAAUGUAAAUAAAUACCUUGGCAGUCAAUAAA